CAAAAUUAUUCCAAGGUGGGAUUGAACCACAGAAGGAACAAGGUUCAUUCCCAGACCUUUCAGGAUUUUUUACCCAUUUUGGUAAAAAAAUUUAGAAAAAAAAAAAAAAAAACUGAAAUUUCAUCACAACACAAACAUUAAAGUUUUUAGUUAGCUGCAAUGGAGUUAACUAGGUUGAAUCUAGUGUUUCUCAUCUCUUUGGCCUCCUUGAUCCCCCGCCUUUCGGCCAACAUUGCCGAAUAUGAUGAGGUUUGGAGGCGUCGUGCCGAGGAAGCCAGGAAAGCAACGGUUGAAUCAUACCAUCCUGAUCCUCUAUCCGUCUUAAAUGACUUAAACAUGCAUUUUCAAAAUUCUUCACACGAGGAGGCUAGUACGAGGAGGGGUUUGUUUAAGCUCGGGACUGUGUUUAGGAGUGGGAUGUCACAUCGAAGAAAGGGCGGUGAAUGCGAGGCGACGAACCCCAUUGAUCAAUGCUGGAGAUGCCGUGAAGAUUGGGCAGACAAUAGGCAGUUACUAGCCAAAUGUGUGAAAGGAUUCGGCUACAAGACAACGGGAGGAGAAGGGGGGCCAUUUUAUGUGGUGACAGAUUGUGCAGACGACGAUGUCCAGGAACCAAGACCGGGGACUUUGAGGCACGCUGUGAUUCAGAAUGGACCCUUGUGGAUCAUUUUUGCCAGAGAUAUGCACAUCAAGCUGACUCAGGAAUUGAUUGUGACAAGCAACAAGACCAUUGAUGCCCGAGGAUUUGAUGUGCACAUUGCUUUUGGAUCUGGAAUUACAAUCCAGUAUGUCCAGAAUGUGAUCAUCCAUGGACUUCACAUUCAUCACAUCGUCCCCACCAGCGGCGGCACCAUUAGAGAUUCUGUAGAUCAUUUAGGCCAGAGAACUGCCAGCGAUGGAGAUGGGAUUUCCAUCUUUGGUUCGUGUAACAUUUGGCUUGAUCAUCUUUCCAUGUCUCAAUGCCAGGAUGGACUCAUUGAUGUCAUCAUGGGCUCCACUGCUGUCACCAUUUCAAAUAGCCAUUUCACCAAGCACAAUGAUGUCAUAUUGCUGGGAGCAAGUGACAGUUACUCAGCCGAUACAAUGAUGCAAGUGACAAUCGCCUUCAACCAUUUCGGACAAGGACUGAUUCAGAGAAUGCCAAGGUGCAGAUUGGGGUUCUUCCAUGUGGUCAACAAUGACUACACACAUUGGCUAAUGUAUGCCAUCGGUGGCAGCAAAAAUCCCACCAUUAUCAGCCAGGGCAACAGGUUUAUUGCCCCGCCCGACCCCAGGGCAAAAUCGGUGACGAACAGAAACUAUGCAACCUACGACGAAUGGAAGCACUGGCUAUGGAAAUCAGAGGAUGAUUUGUUCAUGAAUGGAGCAUAUUUUAACGCUUCUGGGGACCCAAAUGCCCCAUUGAACUUCUCCGAGAAAGAGUUGAUCAAGGCCCAGCCAGGGACCAUGGCCAACUUGAUCACUCGAUAUGCCGGGGCGCUUUAUUGCCACAUUGGACAGAAAUGUUAGAUUACUUUAUUAAGAAUAACAAUUUAAUAAAUAAUAGGAGAUUAUAAUAUAAUCCGCUAAGGCUUCCCAUUAAUUAGUGUUUUGAUUUUUGGGGGUGUAAAUGUAAGUAUACAAACUUUCACUUUAUGGUUGAGUUUUCAUUUAUGUGAAUUUUUUGCAGUC